GCGUUGAAAAAGGCGACGCGCCGAGACGUCGUUAUAUAGGACCACGCUUUCCCCGCUUUGCCAUCUUCCUCCUCGCCCCGUGCGCCAGCCGGGCUACCCCUGGUCACUGCACAGUAGUAGCAUCAGCAGCAGCAGCAGCAGCCGUACAGAGCGGAGCCGAGGAGUAGAGCCCUAGGCGAGAGCGCGCGCGCGGACAGGAGGGAAAAGAGGCGAGAGGGAGGGGGAGAUGGCGGCCGUGGUGGCGGCGGUGGAGGCGGGGGUGGUGGCGGUGGCCAGCGGGAGGGGCUGCAGCUCCCGCCUGGUGCGGGGCCUCUACUGGCGCCUGCGCGCGGUGCUGCGGCGCCUGCGCUCGGAGCGGGCCAGGCGCGGCCGGAGGUUCAGCUUCCACUACGACGCGCUCAGCUACGCGCUCAACUUCGACGACGGCCUUGCCGCCUCCGCCGCCGACCUCGUCCUCGCCCCCAGCGACGCGCUCCGGUGAUCGAUUUCGCCGGGAACCCAUGGGCUUCUUGCUGCGGGGGUUCGGACGCCGCGCGCGGCUCUCCUGCGGUUUUGCUUCUUGCUAGAGGAUUGUGUAGUGGAAGAUGGUAGGGGAUGGUGUGGCCUCGCGUUCUGCGAUUCUUGAAUCUUGUUGCCUACUAACUGUUAGGAGAUGCUGCGGCUUUCGGUGGUUGGGUUGGGAAAGCAAAUCCUCCAUUGCCUCCGCGAUGCGGAGCGUUCUUCCUAGUACUUCCAAGUUCUAACACCAUGAUUUUCAGGGUGCUUCUUUGCUCGAUUUCUUGCUUGUGCUAUCUGAUCCUUUUUUCAUCUUGCGGUUCA